UGAAAAUUUCAGAGCCUUCUCAGAUUAUUCACAGUAAGUGUCUGACAGUAUUAAACAACAUUAACAGGGACUCUGGCUGGCCUGAUUACAUGGAGAGUUGUGACUACCAGUCCCACUUACCAUACCCUGGGCCUAGCCCUGGGUCUAUCUCUAUGGGUCGUUGUUGGCAAGGCCAAAGUAGAGUGGAAGUUUCAGCACCCAAAGCUACAGUUAGCGCUGCUUCUGGAAGCUGCAUCGAAGUAGAAUGUGAAACAGCACGGGUUAGGGUUUCCCCUUCAAAAUUAUCUUCUAAACACUACGUAUAUUCGGUAAAGGUAGUGAACCCAGUACGCAAGUCCGAAUACACUGUCAGAAAGCUUAGUACUUAUGAUCGUUUCUCCUCAUUUGAUGAACUAACAGAACAGUUGCAAAAGUGUUUGGACAAAAUAUCACCCAGCCAAAUAGGCUACAUUGAGCCAGGGCAUGGAUUAAAGGGGAAGCAGAGGUGGCUGUAUACAGAUGAAGAUGUAGAUACUAUGUAUGACAUUUACAAGAGAAAGACUGAGAUUCUGCUCUGGUGCUUUUCUGAGAACCCUGAAGGAUCUGAGAUCACUACAUGCAGUAAAUCGAAAAAAGCAGAGACAAGUUCCAAAUCUAAGAAGGAAGCGAUUGCUUCGAAAAUUAACGAAGUUGAGUGCAUCGUGAAAAAACUUCAAGAUAAGCAUGGCAACCAAUAUUCAGUAGAAAAGUGUAAUGCUUGGGCACAUUUGAUUCAUGUGGGAAAACAUGAUUCACACGAUGAUCCUCCAGAUUUACCAUACUUCCGAGGAACAAAGAAACGAAAAUUGCAGACUGCUAGUGAAGGACGCGAGAAUUCUCCACCUUCACCUCAAGCUGCCUCUAAGUCUUCACCAUCAAUUAUUACUUCUCCCAGUAAAAGAGUUGGCCUCCGGAGUCAGUGCAUUGAGCAGUUAGUUAAAUGGCACUCACUGCUUGAGAAAGGUGCCAUUUCUCAACUGCAGUAUGAUGAAAUGCAAAAGGCAAUCAUGGAGGAAAUUAAAUCCAACUAUUGACUGUUUGUAACAUUGCUAAAUUCGAGAAUCAAAGAAUCAGGAAAUUUCUUGCCUUCAAAUCAAGUAUUGUGUAUGAAUGACAAUGUGUAACUAUAUUAUAUGAAUGGAAUGCACAAAUUAUUUUGAGUAACCGCUGUGUCGAACCCAAGCAGUACAAUGUUCACUGGUGAUACUAUCAAAAGCUGAGUGUAUUAUAUCAGUUGGGUUGGUGACAAUUUGCAGUAGGUUAUCGUGUUUCCUUAAGUAGUUUUUUACAAAACUAAACAUUUCUUCUGCCGGAUUGAGAUCAGGACUAUACGGUGGAAGAAAUAGUAAAAGUAUGCCCAUUUGUCUGAAUAGAUGUGUGAUAUCUUGAGUGUGGUGCACAGACAAAUUGUCCAUUAUAACAAUUGAACAAGGAUUAGAUCCGUUGAAUGGUAGCAUGUUUGGUAUGAGGGAUCGUCUUGCAUAGUCAAAGAACACUUCCGCAUCAACAUUAGACUUAGUAACUUCAACAGCUACUACACCAUCAGUGCUCAUGCCAGCAAUAGCAUUAACUCUUUGCCCACGACUCAACAGGCGUUUAUUCUGUGGUGCCAAUCCUCUUAUUGCAUAUCCAUACUUUCUGAUAUGAUCUCUGGCAUCUGAACCCGUUUCAUCAAUAAAUACAAACUGGUCUGGAUUAAAUAGUAAACACUGAGCCAUAAAUGCUCCACGGAGUGUAUAGCACCUUUGGAGAGCUACUUGUUGAAUCUUCUUUCGAGUGAUCCCAUAUCUUCUAAGUAGCCGACAAAUAGUUGGGGGAGUCACCACAACCCCCAUUGCUUCCUCCAAUUCGUGGCACACCUCAGAGAGAUACAUGGAUGGAUCCUCGAGCACCAUCCCAACUGUAUAUAUUUCUUCAUGUACACUUAGCUUUCUCAGCUCUCUCCUUUGUUCGCUCAGUACAGGGUCUACUUUUCCUGUUUGCUGAAACCUCGUAAAUAUACUGUAUGCUGUGCUUGCUGCAAUAUUUAAGUUAGUAGCUAUCUUGUCAUAGGUAAGAUUCAUACCAAUUCUUUGAUAGACUACUCUCCAGCGUAGAUCUAUGCCAUAGGCUUUCUUUCUUCCCGGUUCAGCUGACAUUUUGAUCUGUAGUAUUACAUUUGAAUUUCCCGCGGUUUUCCUCUUGUAAGCGCAACACGGAAGUCCGUACGUCAACGCAAAUUCGAACGCAACUGAAAUCCACUGUACAAAUACACACUUUUUGUUCCGGACCGAUUUGUCUCUAAAAUAACGCAGAUCGACACUAAAGGCUGAUCAUGGAACCUCAAAAUCAAAACCUGCUCAGUCUCCCCACAGAGGUACUGAUCAAGAUAACUGACACUCUGACUGGCUAUGAGAAACUGUGUCUCCGUAUCUCCUGCAAGAGAUUCUAUUUCAUCCUCAGUGACCCUCGUGCCUGGAACUCCCUGGUGUGGAAAGACUGCCGCAGAAGAGAUGAAGACUUCAAGGCUCUCAGGCUAUCGUUGGGACUGUCUUGUUCCUAUGUUCAAAAUAUUUACGUAUCGUAUAAUCCUAACUCGCUAAAAUUUCCUCUUUCUAAGUUUAUCCCCAAAAUCCACAGCUGUAAACAAGUCCGAUAUCUCUCACUGAUUGGCAUGCCUAUAACGCUCUCAAUGCUGGAAAAACUGCUCUCUGCACUGCCGUCUCUGUACUACGUCAAUGUAUCAGUGGGGCAAAAGCUUGAAGUUAACCAGAUCGUUUGUGCAGCCUCCAAAAUACAGCACCUUCAAAUAGUACGCAUUACUGAAACGUCUACAGUUAAUUUUCAGGAUCGUACCGCACAUAAUGUACCACUAGGUGUUCAACAUUGGAGGGAGAAUAACUAUUUGCCGCCAAAUCUGGAGUUUAGUGUUUCAUACAUUUCCUUUGAAGUUGUCCUUGGCCAACUAACAAGUUGUGACCACCCAGCUCUUCUUUCAAUUUAUUCCAAUUGUUCGCCAGUUGCUGGAAAUAUGAUAAAUAAA